AUGAAUGAGUCUCGAUCCAGGCAGCGUCGUGAGGUGCGACUCUACUUGACAGGCCAGAACGCAUCCUAUGAGCUCGUAUCCAGGAUCAUGAAGUUUGUGGACUACAAGCUGGAGAGAACCCUGACAGUACAGCUUGACUCCGACUUGGUAUCGCCAACUCUGCAAGCCGAGCUUUUUGUUUCCCAACAUUCUGGCUACUUGUGCAAUAUUCCGAUUUUUGCUGUUGCUGCAGACGUGUAUCCUGACAUCUUUGCCAAGAUCUGUGCGUCUUUGCAGAAGCAGGCCUAUGAGAAAGGUGAGAGCGUGUUUAUGGUUGGUGACUUGGCGGACCGCCUCCACAUCACCGCUGCUGGGGUCUUUGAAUUCGACGAGUUGCCUGCGAAGUCUAGCCCAGAAAGGAUCCAAGGAGAUGAGGCCCAUUGGUUCUCCGAAAUUGGGCUCUAUGCUGAGUUUGUGCUGCACGCCGCAACUUUGAGAGCCAGGAACAUUGCAGAAGUUUUCACGCUCACAGGCGAUGACCUGCUGUCUUGUGUGCACGGCUCACCCAGCUGCACCACUAUGUUCUAUGAGUAUGCCAAAGACUUCUUGGCGAUGCAACGAAGCACUCAUGAUCAGCAUCAUAACCAAGUGGCAUAUGCGCGCCAGUGCUGCGACAAGAACACGCAUUACCGAAACCUGCGACCUGAUGAGAAGAAGAUGUUCCAUAACAUUGAUAUUCUGGCCAGCGUUAAAGCAAAACAGGAGACGGAAGCGGCCUCGUGCCCAGUGGAAUCCUUGGCUGGUCUGCUGGUCAGUGUGGCCGGCCAGCAUGCGGAGUGGGAUGCCUCAAGAGUUGGGAAACAGCUACAAAGCCUACUGCCCGAGCUACAUUCUCAAGUGGGUUCAUAUGCUGUCUUCGAGGAAUCAGCUGCUCGAGAGCAGGCCGAAUCUGCAUGUGUGAGCACAGUCGCCCUGCUCAGCAAUCGCUAUGACAUCUACACUGAGCAGCAGCUUAACGGCGACAAGCUCACUGCGUCUCAGUGGGAGCAGCUGCAAGCUCUUGUCAGGUGGUCAGCGCCGUCGGGCAAUGAGAAGUUUGCAGCGCUUGUCCUUUUGGCCAUCAGAGCCUUGGGAAAAUCCAGGGCUGUUCGCCAGCAGGCCGGCGAGGCAGAUCCUGACCGAGCUAUUUUGCAUCUCAUGGACUUGGCAACGCAGGUAGUGCCGUCUGUCGCAAGCUUGGAACCACCUAUGCUUGCCCUCGUUGAAGAGGCCCUCCUCGCCCAGGAAAUUUUCAAGCUUGCUCAGAUGAUGCAGGGAGAGAACGUUCCUGGGAACAUUGCCGAUUUGAGAGACUUCUUCGCAGACCGCAGCAUGGACACCUUCCGUUUCUACAUUUUUUACUUGUUGGGCUUCAUCAGUGGAAUCUCAGGAGGCCGCGGGUCCAAGUUCAUGGAGGCCAAGAAUGCGGAUGCUGCGAUCUCGGCGAUCCACAUGCUGAAGCACUUGCUCGAAAAAUCCCCUGCGGCCAUCUAUUGGAAUUAUCUUAUUUCUCGUGCUGCUCCGUUUGGGCUGCAACCCCGGACGGCAGAAGAACUGGCUCUAGUGCGCCUUGCAUGUUUGAGCCGCAUCCGCAGUGCUGCUGAGCUACAUGUCCUGCAACAUGCUUGGCAAGCUUGCAGCCCCACAGAAAGAUCGCUUCUGGUGGACCACUUCCUCAUGGAUGGGAUUCGAGAUCGUGCGUUCGUCCUCCAGUUCUUGCCGGACUGCAUCUCCAACGCUCGCUGGAACCCAGUGGUGGGUCUGACUGUGCUCUUGCAAGUGCUGGUGGACCUGAUCAGCAAUCUCAUUCCUGCCGUCAGUAACAUGCCAAAGCUGAAUGGAAGGAAGAUAGUCAGAGUGGACCUGUCAGAUCUCAGCGCUUUCGCUGCUGCAGUGCGAAAUCGGUUCAUCUUCCGCUCCUGCAUCUCUCGAUGUAAGCUUUCCUCCUCAAAGGCAACCGUCAUCAUCCAGUUGUCUGAUGACAAUUGGACACGAGCAAAUCAGGAGGAAACCGAUUUCUCCAACCUGGCUUACGCUGUGAGAGACCUUUUGGUGCAAAAGCGCUUGGAAGGCAGCCGCGUGUCUGCGGAAGCUUUCAGUACAGAAAGGGUAUGA